AUGUUCAUGCUCCACCUGGAAUCUUCUAGAUCCUUCCACAUCGUACCAUCGAGUACCUUCGUAUCUGACAGCUCGCUGGCACCAGCCAAACCCGAUAUUUACUACGGCGCGCCUCCUAAAGAUCUCGAUCCAUCCAUCCGCAACGAGCUCGGCGAUUACAUCAUUCCAUCCACUAUGGAAAACAAACCUUUAGUGCCGAACUUUUUCACAGAAAUCAAGGGACCGGAUGGGUCGGCAGCCGUGAUGCAAAGACAAGCGCGCUAUAACGGGGCGAUUGGAGCCCGCGGCAUACACAGUCUGUACAACUACGGCAAUAACGAGCCUGUCUACGAUGGGAAACCCUACACAUUCAGCUAGACCUACCACGGCGGGACCGGGACUUUUCAGCUAUACACGCACCACAUGACCGAGCC